AUGCCACCCCGAGUGUCGGCUCCGCCUCUUCUCAGGUCACUUCCGGUCCACAACCCCUUCACGGUCGUAUCGUGCCAACCAUGCAAAACCACCAUUCGAGCUGGCUCCAUUGAAGCUAGGCAGAGACGGCGACAUGAUCCGUUUUUGAUGGCACAGUCUCGCCAGCGCAAAGCCGCCAACAUCUCCCGCCAGCAAGAUCUUGUUGAAAAAAGACAGGCCGCUCUUGGCGACCCUGUAAAAAGCCAGCCAACGCCAUUCAUCCAGCAGUUGGGAGGCGUGCACACAGACAAGCGUAUCGAAUCAGAUGCGACCAAACCAUCUACCCCUGCUUUGAAUUAUUUCGUCAAACCGACGGAGCUCGACAAUGCUUUCGCAUACUCCAGCCAAAUCACAGAGCCACUCCCAGUCGAGAAUGCGGACCUAGUAGACCCGUUGAAGCUUGAGAAAGAGCUGAAAGCACAUGCCGAAUAUAACCACAAUGCCCAGGAGGCAAUCCGACGAAUCGUGAACCUAAGCAACGGAAACACCAAAGAUCGUACCAGAGUGAACAUCCAAAACUGCAUCGAAACAUUCGGUCGACACAACACAGACCAGGUCCUGCCUCCCAAACCAGCUCCUGGAAUCAAAAUGGACCACCCAGAAAAGACUCCCCGGGCCGGGCCUGACACCGGAUCCGCCGAGGUCCAAGUUGCGAUCUUGACGACCAAAAUAUUGAAUCUGUCUCGGCACCUGGAGAGCACGACCAAGGAUAGACAUAACAAGAGGAACCUACGAAUCCUAGUUCAUAAACGGCAGAAGCUCCUUCGCUACCUGAGGGAAAAGGAACGCGGAGGACCACGUUGGCAGAAUCUGAUGGAGUCGCUUGGCCUCUCAGAUGCAGCUUGGAAGGGCGAAAUCAGCAUGUAA